AUGGGGUCCACCGGGAUUACCAUAUCCAACAACUACUUUUCCCAUCACAAUGAUGCAAUGUUGCUUGGACACAACUACGAGUAUCCAUUGGAUAUUGGGAUGCAAGUGACCAUUGCGUUCAAUCACUUCGGUGAGGGGCUCAUACAGAGAAUGCCCAGGUGUAGGCGUGGCUACAUCCACUUCGUUAACAACGAUUUCACGCAAUGGCUGAAGUACGCAAUCGGCGGUAGUGCCAAUACCACCAUCAACAGUCAAGACAACUGCUACAUUGUGCUGUCGAACCCGGAUGCCAAGGAGGUGCAGUAG